AUGGCAAGAUCAACGAGGAGCAACCCGACGACCGAUGCACCGGCUAGCACCGCAGCAGGAGAUUCGUCUACAGUGCCGAUGGCACUAUUCAUGCCCCUCGCAGCACCCCAACUCAAGAGUACCUCGCAUGCAGCUCUCGUCCAGUGGCGCAAGUUAAGAAGUGAGUACGAGGACGAAGUAGCCAUGCGCUGCAAUAAUGACCCGACCAAGAUGGCGGAAGUUAUCGUCAGUGUAAAGAAGUCGUUUGACAAGCGUCUUCUAACUGCAUGGUGCGACUUUGAGUGGGACGUAGACGUUAAUAACGUCACCGACGACUUCAUUCUUGCGAAGAUCGAUGAUAUCAUUGCGUCGGUAAAAAACAACGCUGUUCCGGACGUCGCCGCCCUUUUCAAGGAAAAUGUCGUCAUGGACAUGCGGGAAAGUGACGUCAAGGAGAGAGUGAUGCAAUUUUUCGUCCGAAGCCGUGAAUUCAUCGACGAGCAAGGUUGGCAGGCCUUUUUCACUGGAAAUGAAGGUGUGAGGCUUAAGUGCAAGCUAUUGAUCGAAGCACUUGAACCUCGAAGCCUUCGUGAAGAGGUUUCAGCCGUCGUUAAGUACCAAGCUCGGAUAGCGAAAGAAGAUGAGAAGGAGCUGUUCAAGUUAAUUCUUGAAAAAGCUCUUGACCAGGACCGUGACUUCCAGCGUCGCAAGCGCUCACGUGGCCGAGACCCCGGUGAGUCGAAGCGCAAGGAGAAGCAGACACAGAGCAGUACCAACCAGCCACCUGCUAAGUACCGUAAGGUUGAGCACGGCGGUAAAUCAACUAAAAAGGACAGCAAAGCGAGCAAUAAUCAGGUCCAGAAAAAGAGUGCAGUGAAACGAGAUAAGACACCUCCAACCGGGGGUUGCCUGAAGUGUAAAGGCGACCAUUGGCUAGUCCACUGCCCAACUGCAAGCAGUGACGAGAAGAAAGAUCUCCUCCGCAAAAUGCAUGAGCGCCGUGAUAACAAGCGGGCUAAUGACAAUGCAUGA